AUGAUGCUUGCGUCGGAUGCAAAACCACCCUCUGUUCAUGGCCUCGACCAUGGAGCCCUGGGUGGGUCGCAUGAGACCAGAGGAAUCAGACGCAAGCGCAUCGACAACGAGUCCACCGGAGACGACGACGCUGCAAAAAAACAGAGAGUAGAAUUGCCGAUCUCUACGCCUAAACUGUCCUUGGUUUUGGAUUUAGAUCUCACUCUCUUAAACUCGAUCGAGUUUGAUCGAGUGGCUUCCGCCGAUAAACGACUUCUGAGGAGAAAACUGACGAUGCAGCAAGAGAAGGAUGAUUGUGAUCUUUUCUGCGUCGAUAGUCUUCGAUGUUGGACGAAACUCAGACCCGGAAUCAGAGAAUUCCUCCAUAAGGCGAGAGAAUUGUUUGAUCUACACGUCGUCACUAUGGGGACUCAGCGAUAUGCGGCUGCGAUGGCCGAGUUACUUGAUCCCACUGGCACCUUAUUCUUCGGCAGGAUCAUCUCCAGAGAGGAUGCUAGCAUAGAUGAUCACGGUCUAUUGAUUAAAAAUUUAGAUCAAGUGACUGCUUUUGAGUCCAGCGUGCUGAUUUUGGAUGAUACAGUGAGAGUUUGGCCGCAUAACCAAUGGAAUCUCAUUCUCAUUCAGAGAUACGCCUAUUUUCCUUACACUUGCCAUAAAUACAUGGUGGCGGGAGAUUCGCCACUUUAUACGGGCGUGGACGAUGAUGAUGCUUUAGCAUCCGUCUUAUCGGUGCUACAGAGAGUUCAUGACGACUAUCACUUGGUGCAUCACUAUGCGAGUCACGUCGAUGUCAGGAGCAUACUCGCGAGCACUCUCAGAUCAUAG